AUGAGAACUUCUUCUCUUCUUGGUUGGUUCUUGAUCAUCUCCCUCUUGUUACUCUCUCAGUCCCUCAUAAUUUCAUGCCAACCUCAAGCACUCAAGAAGGGUCCUGGCCGGGGACUAGUUGAACAUGAAGAGAACGCGGAUGGAUCUCACGGUCAUCACCAUGACCAUCUUCGAGUUUUCGUGAGGAAAAGCAAGAAGAAGAAGAAGAAGGACAAAUCAUCGGCUACAAGAACUCUUCUCUCUAACCCAUUUACUUAUGUUGUGAGUUCCUUUGCUUUAGUGCUCGCCGCAUUCUGA